AUGGUGAUUGAGAAAUGCUUGUUGAAUUGGGGAAUUGAUAAGUUGUUUACUGUUACUGUUGAUAAUGCAAGUUCAAAUGAUGUUGUUAUUGGUUAUUUGAGAAAAAUAUUUAACCCUCGAUGGGGUUUAGUUCAAAAUGGUAAAUAUCUUCAUAUGAGAUGCAUGGCACACAUUGUGAAUUUGAUUGUUGUUGAAGGCUUAAAGGAAAUGAAUAAAUUUGUUGAACGUGUUAGGGGGGCUGCUAGAUAUGUGAGACAAUCUCCAGCUAGAUUACAAAAGUUUAAGGAGUGUGUUGUGGUGGAAAAGAUAGAGUGCAAGAAGAUGUUGUGUCUUGAUGUUUGUACAAGGUGGAACUCGACCUACUUAAUGUUAGACACUGUUCAGAACUUUGAGAGAGCUUUUGAAAGAUUUGAGGAGCAAGAUACAAACUUUAGGGCUGAACUUGAAAGGCGAAAGGGUUGGCCUAGUGUGGAUGAUUGGACUAUUGUUAGAGACUUGAGGGAUUUCUUGGAACACUUUUAUGAAGUCACUUUGCGUAUAUUUGGCACUUCAUAUGUCACAUCCAAUAAUUUUUUUGAUGAGCUUUCUGAAAUUGAUAUUCUUUUACGAGAUGCUCAGUUAAAUAGUAAUGUUGAUUUCAAUGUUAUGGCCAUCAAGAUGAAAGAGAAGUAUGAUAAGUAUUGGGGUGAUAUUGAUAAGAUGAAUUUGCUUAUGUUUGUUGGUUGUGUUUUAGAUCCUAGACAAAAACUAAAGUAUCUUGAAUUUGCACUUAGUGAAAUGUCUAGUUCUGAAAAAGCUUCUGAAAUGAUGCAAAAAUUGAAGGAAUCUUUGUAUGAAUUGUUUGAUGAGUAUAAGCCUUCACUUCAUAGUAUUUGCAGCCAAUCGAGUGUGUCAACACACGUUUCUUUCAGUGAACCACAACAAAAAAUGAAAAGGCGAAUGCAAGCUUUGUAUAAAAAGCGUGAGUUGGAAAUUUGUGGUGAGGAUAAAACAUCUGAGUUGGAUAAAUAUCUAGCUGAGGCUAAUGAGGAAUUUGUUGAAGAUUUUGAUAUUUUAUUGUGGUGGAAAGUGAAUAGCCCUAGAUUUCCCACUCUUUCAAAAAUGGCCAGAGAUGUGUUAGCUAUACCGGUUUCUACGGUUGUUUCAGAGUCUGCAUUUAGCACCGGAGGACGUGUGCUUGAUCAAUAUAGGAGUUCUUUAACUCCUAAAAUUGUACAAGCUCUUGUGUGUACUCAAGAUUGGAUUUGA